AUGAAGCUUGAUACUAGUGGAUUCGAGACAACAAUGCCUAUGAUUGGUUUUGGAUCAAGCAACGAGAUGCUUGAUGGGUUUUCUUCUGUUCCUUCGUUUGAUCUUCCUCGUACAACCGAUUUUGAUGGGUUUCAGAAAGAAGCUGUACAGAUGGUGAAGCCUGCAAAGGGUACAACCACACUUGCGUUUAUCUUUAAAGAAGGUGUUAUGGUAGCUGCUGAUUCUCGAGCAAGCAUGGGAGGAUAUAUCUCGUCGCAGUCGGUGAAGAAGAUUAUUGAAAUUAAUCCUUAUAUGCUUGGUACAAUGGCUGGUGGAGCUGCUGACUGCCAGUUCUGGCACAGAAACCUGGGAAUUAAGUGCCGUCUACACGAGCUGGCAAACAAAAGGAGAAUCUCUGUUUCAGGAGCUUCAAAGCUUCUUGCCAACAUGCUUUAUUCAUACCGUGGAAUGGGACUUUCUGUCGGCACAAUGAUUGCUGGAUGGGAUGAAGAAGGCCCUGGAUUGUACUAUGUAGACAACGAAGGAGGACGACUUAAGGGAGACAGAUUCUCUGUCGGUUCCGGUUCACCAUACGCUUACGGUGUUCUCGACAGCGGAUACAAAUACGAUAUGUCGGUUGAAGAAGCCUCAGAGUUAGCAAGGAGAUCUAUCUACCAUGCUACAUUCCGUGAUGGAGCUAGUGGUGGAGUAGCUAGCGUGUACCAUGUUGGGCCUAAUGGAUGGAAGAAACUCUCUGGAGACGAUGUUGGCGAGCUACAUUACCAUUAUUACCCCGUGGCUCCAGCCACCGCGGAACAUGUGAUGGAAGAGGCGGCCGAGUAA